AUGAUGAAUUUGAAUGCAGAAUUCCCCGCGCUUUCUCUGAGAGACAAGGACACGCCACCCCAGGACGAACAACACGACGAAAACGCCAUGGAAAUCCAGCAGACAGAACAGGCCAACUUGGCGGCAGCAGAGGCACCCGCGCCGGCCGCGGCCGCAGCCGCGCCCGCGCCCACCCCAGCGGAAGACAUAACGACACCCGCGGCGGAAGCGGCCAGCGCAGACAAAAUGCCGCUUAGCGAGGACAGCGCCGAGGAAAGUGAAAGCCAGCAGCGGCCGGCCCGCACGCAGCCGAAGCACGCGAGAACCGCAGCUACUCAAGGAAAGAAGAAAUGCGAGAGCGAGACGGAAAGCACUGGUAAAAUGACACGAGACGACACGUCGGUGCAGCUGCAGUGCGAAACUGUUGACACUCCCACGUAUGCAGGCGCAUUGGUCGCGGCCCCCACUGUCGCCGCGCCAGCGCAGCAACAGGUUUCUGCCGUUGCUGAGGCUGUAGCUACUGUGUCAGAAAAUGUGCCUCCGCCGAAACUUUGCGUGCCCCCAGUUGUGGCCGAACUAAGUUUACUGGCCGAAAGCACCUCACGCGAGGUCGGCAAUGCUGAUUUGCAAUCUGCCACUGUUCAGAACGUGCACUCUGAUGGGACUUCCGAAAUGUUGGUCAAGUCACCGCGACCGAUUUCCGUCUCCAUCCCGUGGACAGACAAACGGAAAGUGCCGUCACGACAAGGCACGCCCACUGCCGGGGGUGUCACGAAGGAUCACAGGGAGACGCGUAUCCAAGAGCAGGCUGCGCAUUUGCGACAGUUCCUGGACACUCAGGGUGACAAGGGUGAGAUGCCUGUGAAGCGUAAGAGCGAGCAGGCCGGCGAGCAGACGUUGUGGCGGCAGCGCACGCGUGCGGGGUCGGGUGCAACCUCCUCCACGCGCGCAGAGCCGAUGGAAGCAGGCAGAGAAUGUGACUGUUGUUGGACGGGACAGGACGUCGUCUACUCGGCAGCGUCACCUGUUACCUCUGCAGGGAUCUUAUCCACUGACUUCGCCAACGCUUUUGAUCGUGUCAGCCACGAUUACCUCCUUCAAGUUAUGUCGCACAUGAGUUUUGGUCUCCAUUUUCUGGAAGGGGGGCCACCGCCACCUUCUUCCCGCGACUACCUGGAAGACCAGGCGGAAUUCCAGGUGGCGCUGAGAGACGCAGCAUCCACAACCGCAAGCAGGAGGUCUACCAGCCGCGGCAGUCCAAGAGACAUGCCGCAAACCACAGCAGCCGACCUCACGCCUGCAGCAGCGCCUGCUACCGCAAGGACAACCGAUGCAGCAUCAACACCCGAAGAUCCAGAACCCCAGCAGCAGAUGGACUUCGAGGAGGAGUCAAGGAAGAGGAAGAGGAAGAAGGACGACUCCCCAACCGCCUGCACCUCCACCGCCCCCACAACUAGGGACAAACGUGCAAAAGCCACCACAGACGAGGAAGGCUUCACAAGAGCCACCCACACCGUUCCGGCCAGACAACUAAGAACCGCAGCAGCACCGGCAACACCAACCAACAACGCGUUCCAGGUGUUGCAGACAUCUGACAGAGAGACACAGCCACACCCGCCACCGCCCGCCAGGCAAACAUCGAAACCACCACCGAUCAUAGUGCAUUGCGAAGAGAUGUACGACAUACUCCAGGAGGCCGUCAGCGCAGUCGCCACCGCGCCAUUUCAGUUCAAGUCGGCGGGGAUUGAUACGUACCGGCUGCACACCAGAACGUUGGAGGAUUAUGAGAAGGCCACCAGAGAACUCGAAAAGAGAAACUGGGGGUACUACACAUACUCAACGACGAAAUGCGCCAAGUGCGCAGGAAAUCACCCUGCUGAAGAAUGCAAGAAAGAUGCCAACACACCACCGACCUGUGCACGCUGCUCUCAACAACACCCAGCCAACUACAUGGGAUGUGAAGUGGUUAAAGCACACAUCGCCGGACUAAGACGCCCUACGUCAGACCGACGAAGUGGCACCUCCUACGCCGCAGCAACAUCAAAAGCAGCUGGGAGGAUCAACAGACCACACCGACCAGCCCCCCCAGUACCAACAGCACAACCACCACGACCAACGACUGCUCCGAGAACACCGCCAGAAGACGACCAACCAGUCACAAUGGGCAUGCUAAAGGAAGCAGUCGCAGCCGCCGUCGCCUCAGCCAUGGAAACCAUGCUGAAAAACAUACCCCAGCAAAUAAACACCGCCGUCCUAGCGGCCAUCGGGGCUAUGUCCAACAUACCGGGCGGGGAGGCUCCAGUUCCAGGCGCUGCUAUCAGCCUUAAGUUGACGUAUGCGGCCGCCAAGUACGGGCACAAUUCAGCAGAACUGCCAACAGCUGAGCACGAGGAACGAGUCGACGCACCAGCAGCUGCCGCAACCAACACAGAGUUGACCGACUGCGUGGUCUGCCAAGCAGCUGCACGACGUGCCUAA